UUGGGAUCCAGCUGAUCACAUCAGAGGAACGAGCAUCACCAACGCAACUCAUCAUUCCAAGGACUGCAAGGACUUUUGGGCUUUUACACCCAAUUUCACCUCUUUGGAACUGACGAUAAUAUCUACAGGCAUGAACAGCAGACUGGUCUUCGCUGUCCUACUUGUGACGCUGUCCUGUAUGUCUAUCGGCACCUACGGCCAAGCAACAAACGGAACCAGUUCAACAAACGGAACCACUUCAGCAAACGCCACGAGCCCAACCAACGCCACGAGCCCAACCAACGCCACGAGCCCAGCAAACGCCACGAGCCCAACCAACGCCACGAGCCCAACCAACGCCACGAGCCCAGCAAACGCCACGAGCCCAGCAAACGCCACGAGCCCAGCAAACGCCACGAGCCCAGCAAACGCCACGAGCCCAGCAAACGCCACGAGCCCAGCAAACGCCACGAGCCCAGCAAACGCCACGAGACCAGCAAACGCCACGAGCCCAGCAAACGCCACGAGCCCAACAAAUGCCACGAGCCCAACAAACGCUACGAGCCUACCCAUAACGGUUCCCUCACUGACGCCUAACACCACGGUGGAAACUCUUCAGACUCCUCUUUCUAGGGCAGCAUGUGGGACUAGGGAGCUUUGUGUGGCUGAGCCCUCGAGCUGUGACCCCUCCACAAGUUCCUGUUUCUUUCUGAGUGCCAAGCAGAUCAGCGGUAAUGACUUUGCGUUUGGGCUCUCUGGAGAGUCUGACGGCUACAUUGCUGCCACCCUUUCACCGGACGCCACACUGGGAGGAAAUGACCCAACCUAUGUCUGCGCAAAGAAUGGCAGUGCUGUUCAGUUCUUCGGCACAAUUCUCAACAAUGGCCUGCUGACUGUGACAACGCUGAAUGCAAACUCUGUGAAAGGCAAAGUCAGUGGAAGAAAUAUCCAGUGUACAUUUUCUGCCACUGUGCUAGGAACAGCUACUAGAGCUAUCCAAACCACACUCGCAGUCUCCACUGGAUCUUUCAACACCACUAGUGGAACCCUGGGGAGCCCAACACCAAGAAUACAAGGUUCUGUUUCAGACCUGGGGAAUCCCAGCUCCAAUUUCACUAACAUUCUUGCCGCUAACGCCACUAGCCACGCCAUUACAUUCCAUCAAUCUCUGACACAAGCUGUGCUGAUGACUGUGGGUGUGCUCAGUCUGGCCACGGUCUGAGGAACCUGAAAUCCCCAAGACAAGAAACAAUGGACAACCACAACCGUCAUGCUUAAUUUACUUUACUGAAAGUUGGGAGGGUGAUCACACGUCUGAAGGCUUUAUGAAAAAAGACAAAUGUGAAUGGCAUUUGGUUACCACACAUUCAGAUAAAAACUUUAAGAUGCAACCACUGAAGAAAUCCUUUUUGUUAAUGAACUAAAAUGCCGUGAAUCAUAUUGUCCUGUUUUCCUUCAAACACAGAUGACAUUAUUGAGGACGAUCAUUAGUUUUGCAAGCAAAGAAAUGUAUUUUUCCUCUAAUCUACUAGCAAACAGCAGACAUUUUUGUUUUGUUCAUGUUAUUUUUUUUAAAUUCUUUUUCAAGGGACUGUAUUGUGUAUUAACAAAUAUUUUAAAUGAAGCCUGUGUUGUUAACUUAACUUUUUCUAAUGAAGCCUUCAUUGGCUGAUAUUUUAUCAAUGUGCAAGAACACAAGCAGAUGAGACGUUGCAUAUAGAGAAUGCUAUGUCUGAUACCAAAUAAUGAUGAAAUUGGUUUUGCACUUUUUAUUAUGUAACAGUUGAUGCUUGAUUACAGAUUUUUUAAAUAAACAUCUUAUGUAAACUGAU